AUGAUAAGGAAUGUGGUUGUGUUUUGGUUCGCCACACUAGCUUUGGUAGGGGCUGAUCGAAUUCCAAGGACGCCGUUUGUUCCCGUAAAUCCUGCGAGGUAUUACGUUCACGUGGUAAACGGGUUAAGCAACUAUGACUUGGGUGUGCAUUGCCAGUCCAAAGAUAAUGAUUUAGGAUAUCAACAUUUGAUUAAUCGUGGAGAUGAUUUCCAAUGGAACUUUAAGGUAAAUAUUUUCGGAACAACAUUGUUUUGGUGCAAAUUGGAAAAACAAGAUGCGUAUGUCUCUUUUGAAAGCUUUUGGCCCGAGUCCAGAAACUUUUGGCUACGAGAUAGGUGUGGGCCUCAAGGAAACUGUAUUUGGACCGCUAAAGAUGAUGGAAUUUACUUGAGAAACAAUCCUACUAACGUUGAUGAAUAUGUUCACAAAUGGAUGCCUUGA